GAACACCACGCGUCCAAGCGAGGUGGAGGAAAAAAAGAGGAGGAGGAGGAGGGGGGGCAGUAGAGGCAGACAAUGCGGUUUUACGAUGCGUUUAUUCCUCCGUUCAAUUUAGACCCACAUCCACGAAAACAUCAUGUGCCGAAGAUGUGGGAGAAGAUUUCUCCGUAAACUGGUUAUUGUUGCCUAUUUUUCAUAAUCGCACUGAACAGAUUUCUCUACGUUUUGAUAGAGAACAAUAAAAAAAUAAGAUGAAAUUUCCAAUAGAAACCCCAAGGAAACAAGUUAACUGGGACCCGGAACAAGUGGCGGUCCAGACCAACCUGGUCCCUCCCAAAAAGGUCCAGUCUGGCAUGGCGAAGUCCAGUCUAGUCCAGGCCAGUGUGGCCACUAUGCAGAACCCUAUGGGCUGUGACCCUAAGACCAACGGUCACUGUCCACUGCCACGCCUGUCCAUCUCCUCCCGCUCUGCCAGCGUGGUGGCCAGCAUGGACACCAGCUGCGACGGCUCAGUGGCGGCCCUCCACUCAGUGAUGAAAUGGAAGACGGUGCUGGCAGUGUUCAUCGUGGUCGUUCUCUACCUGGUUUGUGGAGGUCUGGCAUUUAAUGCUCUGGAGCAGCCAUUUGAGAGUAACCAGAAGACCAGCAUCACUCUGGAGAAGGCUUCGUUCCUGGAGAGACACCCCUGUGUUACUCCUAAUGAGCUGGAAGCACUCAUCAAGCAUGCCAUAGAUGCUGUGAAUGCAGGAGUGAGUCCUAUUGGAGACACAUCCAACAAUUCCAGUUACUGGGACCUGGGCAGUGCCUUCUUCUUCGCUGGAACUGUCAUCACAACCAUCGGUUAUGGAAACAUAGCUCCAAGCACAGAGGGCGGGAAAAUCUUUUGCAUCCUUUAUGCCAUAUUUGGCAUUCCUCUCUUUGGCUUCUUGUUGGCGGGGAUUGGAGACCAGCUGGGGACCAUCUUUGUGAAAAGCAUUUUGAGAGUUGAGAAGAUAUUUAGGCAAAAACACAAACAGAUUAGCCAGACGAAGAUCAGAGUGACGUCCACCAUCCUGUUCAUCCUGGCUGGCUGCAUCGUUUUCGUCACCAUCCCUGCUGUCAUCUUUAAACACAUUGAGGGCUGGACUACACUGGAGGCCAUCUACUUUGUUGUGAUUACUCUCACCACAGUGGGAAUAGGAGACUAUGUGGCAGGUGGAAACAGCAGGAUUGACUACAUGAAGUGGUACAAGCCUCUGGUGUGGUUCUGGAUCUUGGUGGGUUUGGCCUACUUUGCGGCUGUCCUCAGCAUGAUUGGAGACUGGCUUCGAGUACUGUCUAAAAAGACCAAAGAGGAGGUUGGGGAGUUUAAAGCUCAUGCAGCCGAAUGGAAAGCAAAUGUACGAGCGGAGUUCCGUGAAACACGGCGGCGCCUGAGUGUCGAGAUCCAUGACAAGCUCCAGAGGGCUGCCACCAUUCGCAGCAUGGAGCGCCGUCAGCUUGGCCUGGAGCAGCGAGCUCACUCCCUGGACAUGCUGUCUCCAGAGAAGCGGGCCUUGUUUGCCAGCCUGGAUGCUGGCCGAUUCAAGACUUCCUCACAGGAGAGCAUCGAUACCAAGCUCAACAACCUGAGGCUGAAGGGGGCUUGUGAGCCAUACGACCAUCAGGGGAGUGAGCAAACACAACAGACAGCAUCUUCCUCAGAGGAGAAUCUUUUCAACCUACGCUUCGGAUCCCUCACCAAGCUGGCCAGACGCAACAAGAACCGAGAGCUACGGAGGAACAUUACUGAAGAUGCGCGGCGGGCAAGUGUAGGCAUAAACAAUGGCAGUGCCAUGCUGGGUGAGGAGAGGACGGAAGAAGAAGAAGAAGAUGGGGAGCAAGAUGAGGAAAACGGAGAAAAAAAAGAGGGAAACACAAGUCUGACAAACCUGUCACAGUAUGCAAGUGAGCGCGCCAAGUUGAAUGGGUUCAUACCAGUACAGGCCAAAGAUGGAGAGAACGACUAGAACGGAAGAGCCCAGAAACAGAGUGAAAGAUACAGAGACAGAGACAGAACAAGAGUGCAUGGUCCUUUGAGAUGUCAAGAAAUGUGCCUUUCUGUUUCCUAUGCUUUGAUUGGAACUGCUCCCAGGAAAUUCAUUGUGCCAUAGCCACGGGAAGAAAAUGUGUUGCCAAAAAUGAACGAAUAGAAGAGACACAGAGGCUGUAGUUAAAUACCUCAUAUCGGAUGUUACUGUAGAACGGGCUUCUUGAGAAUUUCUACAGGAGCUAUCUUUACAGCUUUGUUGGCUUUCAGCCCUGACGACUCUUACGAGACACUUGGGUAACGGCUGUCUGUUAAUGCUGAAUCUUUUUUUUUUUUUUUUAAACAAUGUGGGCAGGACAACCCGAGAGCUAGCUUCAUGUCAUCCAUCUUGAGAAACAUUAUCGAUCUCCGCUUUGUCAUCUCAUACUGUGGUGGCUAUUUUUAGCUCAGCUGCCUGCUGCAAAAGGACUUCCACGUUAAUGAAUGGAGGGUGGGAGGUAGUGUUUCUGCUGGAUCAAUAGACAAUACGAGCAUUUACCUAACCGACAUGUACAAAUAUUCCUACAUGGUAUGUGACUUUGAAAAUGUACCCCUAGGGCAUAAACUACUGCAUACUAAAAGCUCAUAAAAACAAACUAUUCACCUUGUGCAUAGUAAAACACACAACCACAGCAUUAUAAAAAAAACUUGAAAGCUUAAAAUUAUAGCUGUAAUAAUGUUACCGUUUGUUUUAAUACAAUGAAAUGCACUGCUUUCAUUCAUAUUUGGUGUAAAACCCCAUUUAUUUGAGUAAUAUUUGCUACCAUUUUCUUAAUUGGGGAUCAAUACUGAGCUGGAAUUCACCUGACAGACACCUGUUUAAUCACCUUUGGCCAUGAGAUUGUCAGAAACACUUUUAUUUUGUAUAUGACAUUCACUUCAUCACAAAUGUCUUGUGUCUUGAGUGCUUAAAUUACGUUUUUAUUAAUGAAUGUGAUGCUGUUGAUUUUGUACUCGCCAAGCAUGUUUGAAUCUGUUUACUCCUUUUUAUAUCAGCCAAGCACUUGAGUUGAAUUUUCCAUUGAAUUGUAAAAUAUGAACAAAAUGUGUCAGGUUUCUUUCUCUUAUUCCUUUUCUGAACGUGUUUUUUCGUAGUUCCUAGAGUUUUACUGACACAUGACCGUUUUAAACUUUAUUUGCAUUUUACAGGCACUGACAUUGCUACCCAUCGCCUACUUUCAAUUUUACAGAAUUAUUAAAUGUAUCACAAGUGUGCAUUGUAUGCAUCUCUAAAGCUAAAUUACACACACGCUGGUUGCACUUGUAACCUGUUUAUCUGAUAUGAAUUUCAUUAACCUUUCCAUGACCAUGACCUGUGAUAAGUUGAGCGACUAUUUGUUGUGUACAGCCUAUUUUAUGAACAAAUCACAUUAAAUGUAGU